CUCAUAUACCCAUACCUACCGCCCUAGCCUACGUUGCGUCUCUUCUUCUCGCCGAGAUAAAAGGAUCGUCACGUCGCAAAAAGCCCCCUACCUUGCACAACAGAUAUAUUACCUACCUUACUUCAAGUGCCUAAUUCAAGCCACCUCUACACCAAGAUAACCCCCAAUCGUAACCCUCUCAAGCUCGGCUUUUGCUAGAACCAGUAUGGGAUUGGUAACAUGAGUUCGCCGUUCCCAAAGUCGUCGUCGCUCCCCGGCGCAGGUCGAAUAGUGGUCAAGCUCGCGCCCAACAAUAUCUCCGCACCGGAGAGCAUCACCUACCAAUAUCCGCUCAAGCUCAUCUCCCCCUCCUCUGUCGCCGAGCAGGGCAGCGUCUUGGUAUUCCUCUUGUCGUACGGGGGCGGUCUUGUCAGCGGGGACCAAAUUAACCUCAGCAUCGAUAUACAUCCCCAGGCGAGACUCAGUGUCGUCACUCAGGGACAUACCAAAAUCUUCCCAUCCGCCGUACAGAACAUCGUAACACGACAAAACCUAAGCGUAGAAAUAAAAACCGGCGCAGCACUGUGCCUCCUUCCGGACCCAGUCCAGCCGUUUGAGAACAGCAUUUAUGAGCAGAUCCAGAUAUUCAAGUUAGCCGCGAGCGCCUCGAUGUGCUUGCUUGACUGGGUUACCCAGGGCCGCACCGCCCGCGGGGAGAACUGGAGCUUUAGGCGAUGGGUUGGACGCAAUGAAGUUUGGUCCGCUGCCGACGCGCCAGGCGCUAAAGAGCGUCUCUUGGUGCGAGAUGCUGUCAUCCUCGAUAGCGCAAAUCGGCCUGCUGGGUUGCCCUCGCUCCGCGAAUCGAUGGAUGGCCAUGCUAUCGUCGGGACGCUGAUUCUACGAGGUCCUAUGACUAGGACCGUCGGCGAAUUCUUCCUGGCCGAAUUUUCCGCUUUGCCACGGCUAGGCGCUCGAGAUUUCCGCAGCGACGAGACGCGCGAGAAGGACGAAGCCGCACCUCAGUCUCCUAUCCAGCGCUGGCGGGCGGCAAGGCUGGCGGAAGAGAAGGAAAAGCAGAUAUUGUGGUCAGCUGCCAACGUGCGCGGUUGCAUCGUGGUCAAAUUCGGGGCGGCAACCGUUGAGGCUGCACGGAACUGGGUGGGAACAAUGCUUCUUCAAGAAGGCAGCAUCGAGCAGCACUUUGGAGAGCAAGCUUUGAUGUGUGUUCGAUGAAAAUGCCGAGGCCGACGCCUAUAUCGCGCGUGCCGUAGGAGAGUCCCGUCGAUUGCCAUCGCCGCCUCUCCCCCUUUUUCUUCCUCGCCAACCAGGGGUUGGUCGCGAUUCUAGGUGGCGGCCAACUGACGGCCAGCUGCAGGAAGUGAUUACUAACCACAUAACCACUCAGCUAUCGUGCCCCACCAAUGUACUUCCGUUAAGUACCAGGGUACUUUG